UAUAUAUACAGCGCUCUGCUCUCUGAAGCAUCGUUCCUAGGAAGAGUGAGUUUUCUGUGCUCAGGGUGGAGUUUAACAGCGGAGAAUAGAGGAGCACUUUAGGACAUUGCUUCUUUUAUGUAGUCUAUACAGGGGAUGGAAGAUGCUUCUAACACUUGUCAGUUAGUACUUAAGUUACUCAGUAUUCUAGUUUUAAGUUACUCAGUAUUCUAGUUUUAAGUUACUCAGUAUUCUAGUUUUAAGUUACUCAGUAUUCUAGUUUUAAGUUACUCAGUAUUCUAGUUUUAAGUUACUCAGUUAGUACUUUAAUUUGGUCCCAGGUCCUACAGAUCCUGAGUUUUUUGCGGGUAGUGCAGUAGCAUUAUGGGGGCACGGUUGUGCACUGUUAGGUGGACGCCAGAUGGAGGGUGUCUAGAAUGUGUUCAGCUGUCGUCUGAGAUAAAUACGUGUCGUGGGGAGCUGUCAUCCAUGGAGCAGGAGCUGCAGAGGUUGCGGAGAGACACCAGUAUGAAUUCCUCCCAGCUAAGCUACGUGGAGGAGACCCUGCAGAAGACCCAGGGCCUACUGGAGGAGAAGAACGACACGGUUGUGGACUUGGAGGAGAAGCUCCACUGCUGUCAGGAGGACAGGCGGACCUCUGUGCAGCAUGUGAAGGAUCUGGAGGGACAGCUACAGGAGGUGCGCGAUGAGAUGCACAACACCCUAGAGAAACUACAGGAGCUGAGAGACCUGUUACAGGCCACGCAGCUUGGCGCAGAUGAAAGACAGAUUUCAUUGGAGAAACUGUCCGCCGAGCUCAGAAGUGCUGCCAGCACACCGGAAGUAACACGUGCUGUCUAUGGACAGUGUAACCAUGGCAACCGCUGACCUGCCGAGCGCUGUGGAUUUGUGUCUGCGACUUCGUUGACAGACCGAUUUGGAAAGACUGGAUCCAAAGUCCUGCGUUUUGUUUUGGUUUUAACAAAAUUAAAACAUUCUUUGGUCAGAUUUAAUAAUCAUUGAUUUUGGAUGACCUUGUUUGUCUUUUUACUGUGACUUUUUACUACAUAAAAAAGGAAAUAUGAUAUGUGUAAUAUGUAUAUACUACUUUUAAAAGUACAUAUUACGUACUGUGCAUAACUUAUUUGUUGAGAAUUAGGUGCAAUGCUGAAAACGUAGCUCCUAUUUACACUGAAUCCUGACGUGAUCAUCAUCAUCAUCAUCAUCAUCAAGGGAAAGCCUCCGUUUCAAGAGGAGGAGGCUAACUGUACUAUACAGUGGCAGGCUGAGUUGGUCUCUGUCAUUCAUUAUAUGGAUCAUUCUAUUUGUAUUAUAUAUUUUAUAAUGUAUUGUUUUUAUAAUGUAUAAAUUGUGUAUUCUUUUGAGGCUUUGUCGCAGUGCAGAGAACAAAGAGCAGUUGCUUUGGACACACACACACACACACACACACGGAUAUCAAGCACCCGUGAUGAGUCAUAAAUCAUUUGAUACACAUGAUCUCUUUGUGUACAUAGAGACACAGAACAGGAUAUUACAUUUUACGUCCUGUUCUCCAUUCCAAAUACAAUAUCACUCUUGUCUGUCUGGUAUGGAGUUAAUACCCUCUGUUUGAUACCAACCAGCCACUUCAUCUUUGGUUAACAUCUUUGUCAAAUACACAGUUGUCCCCCAGCCAACAUGACUUGACAAGUUGACAGUGUCACAAACUGUCAAAGGGCUCUAACCGGGUUUAUGUCAUGGGGAUUAUUGUGAAGCUUUGACAUGUAUACAUGUGGAUCGUCUCUCAUUCAAACAUAAUGACAACUACAGCAACACCUGAUGAUCUGUAAAAUCCUAUUGAACAGCUACAGUGCUGUAACUCCUCCCCUCAGGCAUGGAUGCAGUAGUGUUGAAGUUAAACUAAAGGCAUCAAAAAGACUACGUUCUGUGACUGAGUACAGGCUGUCUGAGGGGAUCAGAAUCACUUAUCUGGGUCACACACUGAUUCAUCUCUCCUGGACAGAACUACCUAAACAUGAACAUCUGACCAAAUUGCGUGAGAUUUUUUGUUAUGGGUUAACUGAGAUUACACACUGACUAGUUAUUUAGGAUGCAAGGUGAUUUGUUGAUCAGUGACUCAGACUGCGACGCAGUUCAUCUCAAACGCACACAACAUCUCUGCAUUACAGUCGCAAGUGGUUUUCCUUUGAUUCCCUUGUGUGUGUGUGAAACAAAAUGCCCUUUACACAGAUGUGAUCAGAUGAGAUCUUCUGGUUGAAAUAGAAUAUGCCCCUGGUGAACAGUGAUUUCACAGCCCAAAUAUGUAGGAAUAAUUGAGUGCGGGUGUGUGAUUUCACAGUUGUGCCGGUGCUUCUGGGUAGGUUCCCCAGCUCCACAUAACAUGCCUUCAGAUCCACCAUGUGUGUGUGUGUGUGUGUGUGUGAGGCAACAUUAACUGUGGCACGCCAUAGUAUAUUUAAUUUGAAUGGCCAAAGUCUUAAUGGAUGGAAUUAUAAGAAAUAAGGCCUUUCUCUCUCUGUGUGUGUGUCUCCCUCCUCUUCCUCAGCUGGGCCAGUUGGACGUGGUCAUCAGAGACCAUACCCUGGAGAUAGACAAAAAGGGUCAGUCCCUACAGCAGACUGGACCAGAGAAAGAGGUUAAAGACUGAGACAGACAUCAUAAAUGCCACAUUACACUCAUUUGGAGUUGUUGUUGGCCCUGGAAACCACAUACUCUCCAUUCUGGUAUAGUGAUAAAUGUGAAGAGCUGUUGACUAUCACCUCGUGUUUUGUCUCUACAGGUGGAGUUUUUGAGUGACAGGUGAGACCUGCUAAAAGCACAACUACAAGGGAAGGAGGAUUCUUAGGAAGGACUCUGCAGCAGAGCCAGCACCUGCUGGGGAGCUGCAGGAUACACUCGCUGUGAGAGCCUGUGCAGAGCGAUGGAAAGCAUCACCCAACAUGCCAGGGGCAAGGCGAAACCUUCAUUUUGUUGCUGUUUAUAAAAGGACAUACCCAAAUGAAACCAUGCAUUCUUUCUGUGUUGUAUCCAUAACACAACGAAGUGUGGUAUUUCUGUCAAUUUUACUAUGGCUAGAAGAUGACCUGUGUGUUGUCUUCUAUAGGAGGCACAGGUGUGUGGUCCAGGCAGAGGUCAGACUGCAAGCCACUGUCUCCUCUCUGCAGCUGGAGGAGAGAGAACGGCAGGUACAACAGGGCCCAACAACGGUCUUUGUAGUGUCUGUCAGUCGUUUUCUCUCUCUCUUUGUUUCAGUCAGUCUCUUUCUCUCUCUGUUGCUGUCUCUGUCUGUCUCCGUCUCUCUUUCUCUCUCUGUUGUUGUCUCUCUCUUUCUCUGUUGCUGUCUCUCUUUCUCUGUUGCUGUCUCUCUCUUUCUCUCUGUUGCUGUCUCUGUCUGUCUCCGUCUCUCUGUUGUUGUCUCUGUCUCUCUUUCUCUCUAUGUUGCUGUCUCUCUCUCUCUUUCUCUCUCUGUUGCUGUCUCUGUCUGUCUCCAUCUCUCUCUCUCUCUUUGUUGCUGUCUCUGUCUGUCUCUCUCUCUCUUUCUCUCUCUGUUGCUGUCUCUGUCUGUCUCCGUCUCUCUGUUGUUGUCUCUGUCUGUCUCUCUUUCUCUCUCUGUUGCUGUCUGUCUGUCUCUCUCUGUUGCUGUCUCUCUCUCUUUUUCUCUCUGUUGCUGUCUCUCUCUCUCUUUCGUUCCAGUUCUCUGCUGCCUGUGACUGGAACGAAUUGCAAAAAUCGCUGAAGUUGGAGACUUUUAUCUCCCUCACCAACUUCAAACAUCUGCUAUCUGAGCAGCUAACCGAUCGCUGCAACUGUACAUAGUCUAUCGGUAAAUAGCCCACCCAUUUUUACCUACCUCAUCCCCAUACUGUUUUUAUUUAUUUACUUCUCUGCUCUUUUGCACACCAAUAUCUCUACCUGUACAUGACCAUCUGAUCAUUUAUCACUCCAGUGUUAAUCUGCAAAAUUGUAAUUAUUCGCCUACCUCAUGCCUUUUGCACACAAUGUAUAUAGACUCCCCCUUUUUUUGUGUUAUUGACUUGUUAAUUGUUUACUCCAUGUGUAACUCUGUGUUGUCUGUUCACACUGCUAUGCUUUAUCUUGGCCAGGUCGCAGUUGCAAAUGAGAACUUGUUCUCAACUAGCCUACCUGGUUAAAUAAAGGUGAAAUAAAAAAUAAAAAUUC